AUGGUCAAGAAGCGGGAGCCCUCCACCCCGGCGGCCGCGGCCCCCGAGACGCCGUGGAAGGGCCGGCUGCGCUGGCAGCACGCGAGCCCUCUCAGCUCCCUCUCGCCCUGGACCCGUUCCCGGUCCAGGAUCCGGGACGAGGACGCCCGGAGGUUCAAGAAGCAGGCCACCCCCGGGCGGCGCUGCUCCUCCUGCGACGAGGACGACGGAUCUGCCCGCCGCCCUCGGAGGGCUCGUGCGCGCCGGUCGCCGCGGUUUCAGGCCGGCCGGGAUCCGGAGCACCCCAUUGUGCUCGACGACGCGAGCGAGGAACGAGAAUUCGGGGGUAACCAAUCAGUGAUUACGCCUAAGGGAAGAUCUUCACGGCUCCAUCGAGGUGACAAGAGUUCGAGCAAGUCCUUGGUGGAGAAGGGAAGUCGCCACAAACAGACGCCACGGACACCGAACCCACGGGGUGUUUCCCGUAGCAAGAAGACUCAAAAUGCUGGUAAGAAAGACAAAAAACAAGAGAAUCCAACGAGUAGCCAGAGAAGCGCUGCAGUAAAGACUUCGACAAGGAUUAAAAAACACAAGGAGCUCCAGAUACUGCAUCUAGAUUCCCAGGAUGUUCCUGCCAGGAGAAAGACACCUUACAAAAAGAGUGAGAUGCAGGAUGCAGAGCCGAGCUGUUGUGAGGGGUCAACAAGAAAGAGGAAGAGAGGAAGUGGAAGAAAGCUGACAUCAAGGAAGCAAAGUCAGCAGGAGCCCAAGUCUGACUGUAAAGAAAUUACACCUAUCACUGAACCCAGAAACAUCAUCCACAAGAACAGUGGAAAUGGUCCUUCUCCCUCAGUGCAGCCUAAUAUUGGUGAUGAUACAGUGGCAAAUACUGAGGAAUGCACUGAAGAGCCAAGUGGGAUUAAAGGAGGAGUCCCGUGUGCUUCUGAUGAUUGGACUGAAGAGCAGGAACUGACAUUGCGCCAGGCUUACUUCACUGCCAGACCAUCCCCACAUUUCUGGAAGAAAGUUUCCAAAAUGGUGCCAGGGAAAUCUGCUGAAGAGUGCUUCAACAGAGUUCACGCUGAUCUUUCAACACCCACUCCAAUGGCCCCUCGUGCUCGAACAAGUAAAACACAGUUUUCUCCUCUAGGACAUUUCACAUUGUCUGAUCCAAAAUUUCCAAAACUCUUGGAACCUCUAGUCGCAAGAAGGACCGCCAAACAGAAGAGCUUGGCAGCGCAGAAGACAGUGAGACAUUUGCUGAAGAAGCAUUCCCUCAUCGACCAAGCUCAAGAGGCUGAUCACUUCUCUAUAUUUGAAACUUCACCCUCUGCUUUACAAUUGAACAUUCCACUUGAGGAUUCUCCUGGGACCCCUGACAAUUAUCUGAAUUCCUUUCCUCUGAACAAGUACAGCGUGAGUUCUUCGGCUCGUAAGAGACCGCUAUCAAGGUUGAAAACUAAGCCAGCUGAACCGAGCCCAGAAGUUCUGAAGCCUCUAAAGAAUGUCGUUUUACAUGAGAAGUACAUUAAUCAGUUGUCACGGAGAGAAGGUGCAAAAAAACCUCGUAAGAAAGCUGCUGGCACCAUAGCAACUGAUCCUGAGAAUGAAAGACCUCUUUUGGAACAGCAAGCUGGUGUUGUGAAGGCUGCAAAGAAUGCUCUUAUGACAGAAGCAACAGACUUCAUAUGCCAGUUUAAGAAGUUACAAGCCAACUCCCUUGCACACAUUCUGGAAAACUGUGAAGAUGAUGCGGAUAAUUGCGCCUAGUGUCACACACUCACACUAGUGGUUCCAAGCUGCUUUUAGCAUAUAUGCUUGCCCCUCAAUGCUAAUGCAACUGGACAGCAUGCUGUCAACUAACUUUAGUUAGUUGAGUAAGACUCUAAGAGACUGACUAUUACUCAUAGAAGUUCUCGUGCACUGUAUUCUGCCAAGGAAGUUAUCAAUGCAUUUCUAGCAUAUCAAGGUCAUGGUUAUCACAUAGGAGCACAACUGUA